AGCCAUGAGACUAGCGGCAGUGCUGACGUUGCUGUGCUGUCUGGCGAUAGGGGCACUCGCCUCGCCGGUGCCCAAGAUCGCUGACAGCAAGGUGUCGACUCAGAAUGCUGUUGCGACCGGCAGGCAAUCGCCCGCGGCACCAGCCCCUGCUGACGAUGACGACGACGACGAUGAUGACGACAUCGAUUUAGAUAUCACCGGCGACGACGAUGACGACGAUGACGAUGACGAUGACGACGACGACGACGAUGAUGACGGUGAUUACUUGGAGCGUUUCAUUGAAGACAUACUUGGAGGAGAGGAUGACGACGAUGAUGACGAGGAUGAAGCCGCCGCUGUACCGGCACCCGCUGCACCUGCCGCAACGGUUCCAUCCACCCCCGUCAAUUCGCCGCAGGUGCCGCUCGCCGUAGCGGCUGAUCUGAAUCAAGCGGCCGCCGAGGAAGCUGCGGAGGAUGCCGCGUCGAGUGAAACGUCCGAGGACGAUGCCGCUAGCUACGAGGAUGAGGAGGCGGGUGACGCCGAGGGUCAAGCUGCAUCCAAUGUGCACGAGUCAACGCUCGAAGGUGCCGAGUCCGUCUCGAAUCCGGUAUCAGUCCAGGCCGUCGGGGCACCGGCUUCGCCCGGCGGCGUCGCGGCGGCUGCUCCGUCCAGCGACGAGGACGACGACGAUGACGAUGAUGACGAUGACGACGUAGACUUGGACAUCACGGGCGAUGACGAUGACGACGACGAUGACGACGACGACGAUGACGAUGACGACGAUGAUGACGACGAUGACGAUGACGACCCAGUGGAAGACAUCGCCGACAUCGCCGACGCUAGGCACGCACGUGGCAUGGAUUCCGAAUCGAGUGGUCACGUGCCAGCAAUUUACGUGGCAAAAUACAAUCGUUUCGUCGACAAUAUUCUCGGCAAAAUUAACAACAUUCUGCGCGCCAAUUAUGAGCCGGUGACCGUGAAACUGACGAGUCCAAAUGCAAGCUCCAAAACGAGCAAGAACAAGAAUAAGACCAAGAGGAAGGGUACUAAAAAUGGCACCAGAAAGAGCGCCUCAAGGCCGAUCGACGCUUCCGUUGUUACUGAAAAGAAUGACAAUGAAAAUGACAUCGAGAAAGUCACGCAGACCAGUGAAUCUGCUGUAACGCAAACGAAUUUAACGGAAAAGGAACCAAUUUCACUGGAAUCUCGCACAGAAACCAGCGUGAGAUCUAGCAACAGACGUACGUCCAACAAGAACAAGAACUCUAAUAAGAACCGCAAACGAACGAAGAACAGGACGAAGAAUCAAAGCAGCAGCAGCAACAAGAACAAAACCAAGUCUAAGAGUAGACCGAAAGCGAGAGCCACCCUGUACGGAUUGGCGUCCUUGCAGAGGACGGGAGACGUAUCGGUGAACAUGAUGAGCGAUCACACGACAAUCAAGACCAAGUUCAGCCUGGGACCACUGGUGCUGAAGGUCGAGAAGGAGUUUGGCAGGGCUGCGAAGAAGGAAUUGAGGAGCGCGACCGCUACCACGGCCGAGAUGUCUGGCAAGUUGAGCCUGCGUGUGUUGCACGGCGGUGCGGCGACGCUGCAUUCUAUUCGGGUUUUGCAACCUAAACAGGUUCGAGUGGAAAGCCAGGACGACCAUGACAGAACGCGGGAGUUCGUGUGGAAGAGAUCGUCGCAUAUCGCGCAUUUGGUGUCGCAGAAACUUUCCUCGGCCACCAGGUCAAUGCUUCGACCGCCGCCUGUUUCACCCACUAAUAAAUCCGACAAAAUGGUUUCAUUAGUGGCAAGCGUCCGAGUUUCCAGCUCUCUUCGCUACCUGUGCGCUUGUGCCGUAAGGACAUUGACUACAAGCGCAAUGCCAAGUCCUAAGGACGAGGCGAAAGAAGUGAUCAUUAAUUACCUUGAUGGAAAGGACAACGGUAUCGCUGUAUUAGGAUUGAACAGGCCUACCGCUCGUAACUCCCUCGGGAAGACCUUGGUCUCUCAGUUGGACGAAGCAUUGGCCACCAUCAGGCAAAACAACAAGCUGAGAGUGCUGAUAAUACGCAGUCUGGUCCCAAAAGUGUUUUGCGCCGGGGCAGACCUGCGAGAGAGAUUCAAAAUGGAUAAUUCCGAGGUGCUACGAUUCGUGUCCUCUCUGAGAGGUCUCAUGACCAACGUGGAAACCCUGCCGACGCCGGUAAUAUCGGCCAUCGAUGGUGCGGCAUUGGGCGGAGGAUUGGAACUCGCGUUAGCCAGCGAUAUCAGAGUCGCCUCUUCCGAGGCCAAGAUGGGCCUCGUAGAAACGAAACUAGCCAUACUACCAGGCGCCGGCGGAACGCAGAGACUCCCGAGGAUAAUCGGAACAGCCAAGGCUAAAGAACUAAUUUACACCGCGCGGAUUCUGGACGGUGACCAGGCGAUGGAAAUUGGUCUCGUGAACGAGGUGGUUCCGCAAAACAAGGUCGGCGAUGCAGCUUACCAAAUAGCUCUUUCGAUCGCAAGAGAAAUUUUACCCAACGGUCCCAUUGGUGUUAGAUUGGCGAAAGUAGCUAUAUCUAAAGGCACGGAGGUAUCUCUAGAAGACGGUAUGGAAAUCGAGAGGCAGUGCUACAGUAAGCUCGUGGAUACGAAGGACCGAAUCGAAGGACUCGCGGCUUUCGCGGCGAAGCGCGUACCUGUCUACCAAGGAGCGUGAAAACUUACGGUGCCAUAACAAACGCUUAAUUUACAUAUCACGAACGGAAUACAUUUUAUAUCACAUUUUAUACAAAAUAUAUAUACGUGUUAACGUUUGCUAAGUGAUCAUACAUUUUAAUUUUAAUAUAUAUUCCUAAUAUUUUAUUAGAAAUGCAUUUACGUUUUAAAACGAAAGUUUACCUAGAAUGGUAAGAAAUUAAUGUUAAAAGUUUCAUGCAAGCUACAACGACAGCUGUUACAGCGUUAACUUUGCAUAUUUACUAUUUACAUAUGCUAAUAAGGUGCCUUUUAUAUCUUGUCAGUAGCAGAGAAAAAACAUUCUACGUCAUACUGUGUCGUCUUCCAAUAAAUAUUAUAUAACGUUUGUCUUUUGUUAACAUUGUUAUUGUUUAACGUAGUUUUAAUCUAUAUAUAUAUAUAUAUAUAUAUAUAUAUAUAUAUAUAUAUGUACAUAUGUAUGCGCAAAUGUAAUGAUAUAUGCGUGGGCGUGUAUGCACAUGUAAGACUUAUGAGAGUGGAAUUUGUUCCAGACAAAAAAUAAAUUACUAUAUUCUUAAUACCAAUAACCUUUUUAUUCAACGUUUAUGACUUCUGUAUAUCAAAUGAGAUAAUAAAACGACCACAAAAGAG